AAUUCUUAUAUAAAUUGUAUUUUUGUAUUUUAAUGAGAUGUUUAGAUAGACGAGAGGAUCCCAAGAUUCCAAAGAUUCCAACGCUCUUAAAAAAAAAAAGUCUGACGUACAUAUUAGAUUAGAUCGAUUAAUUAAUCAAAGUAACAGCUCUCUCUCGUUUUGUUUUCUCCUAAAACCCUAGCUAGUAGACUUUUAUGGAGGUGGAUAGAAUCAUUAGAUCGUCAAGUGAAGGCCACACUUCAUUAUUCAAGACGGUAUUCAAUGGCCUCAAUACUAUCUUAGGAGUGGGUAUACUAUCAAUGCCCUAUGCCCUAGCUUCAGGAGGAUGGUUAAGCUUAAUCGUUCUCUUCUCCAUCUCCGGUGCAGCGUGCUACUCCGCCUUACUAACAAAGCGAUGCAUGGAUGCGAAUCCUAGCAUCAAAUCUUACGACGAAAUCGGAGAAUUUGCAUUCGGAAAACUCGGAAAAAGAGUAUUAUCAAUAGUAUUAUACUUAGACCUUUACAUGGCAUUAACCGGUUACUUAAUUUUAGAAGGGGAUAACUUACAUGAUCUUUUCCCUAAUGUUAAGACUAACUUUCAUGGGAUUAGCAUUGGUGGGAAUCAAACCUUUGUGAUGAUUAUUGCUGUUGCUUUUCUACCAACAGUUUGGUUAGAAGAUCUAAGUGUUCUUGCUUACAUCUCGGCCACUGGUGUUAUUUCUGGUGUUGUUAUCCUCGCUUCUGUGUUAUGGGUUGGAGUAUUUGAUGGUGUUGGUUUUCAUUGUAAAGGUGAAUUAAUCAACUGGAAAGGUAUUACAACCGCUAUGAGUUUAUACAUGUUUUCUUAUAGCGCAAACCCGGUUUUUCCUACCUUGUACACUUCCAUCAAGAAGAAACAUCAAUUCUCCAAGGUAUUACUCAUUGGAUUUUUUUGUGCAACAAUAUGUUACGCAUCAAUGGCAAUACUUGGAUAUAUGAUGUUUGGUUCAGCGUUACAGUCUCAGAUAACAUUGAACCUUCCAACCCAUAAGCUAAGCUCGAAAAUCGCGAUAUAUACAGCAUGGAUAAGUCCGUUAUCAAAGUAUGCAUUGUUGAUGGAACCACUUGCAGCAACUACUGAGAGUUGGUUUCCUAAUUACCAGAACAAAAAGUGGUUCAAAAUGUUGCUAAGAACUUCCUUGGUUGUUUCACAAGUAGUCAUCGCAUUGACGAUUCCGUUCUUCGGAAGUCUCAUGUCACUUGCUGGAGCAUUAAUGGGUGCAACAUCUUCGAUCACGAUUCCAUGCUUAUGCUAUUUGAAGAUUUCGAGGAAUAACCGGAGAAAUAACCGAAGAUCGACUGAACGGAUAUUCAUCAAGUUGCUUUCACUUAUGAGUAUUGUCAUUGUAGUACUAGGUACUUAUACGUCGUUGCGAAAUAUAAUUAAGGAAAGCAUUAGGCAUCAUAAGGUAUAAGAAUCUAAUAUUUCCGUACUUCAGAUGGAUUAUGUAUAAGUUUCGGAAUUCUAGCAAUUCAAUUUGCAAACCCAUACCCAGAAAUAGAUCCGCUCA